AUGCCGGGCGGUAAGCCAGGGCAGACACUACCUACAUCGGCACAGCCCUAUCGUCUUAAUGUAUGCACUGUCUCAAACCCAUCUGACGAUGACACUGGUCUCCCACUUGCUACCAUCUUUCCUAGUUCAGUCACAACCGAACAACGGAACCAGUUGGAUUCGAUUAGUCAGUCUUCUGCUCGAAAGAACCAGGUUGAUCCUUCUCUAUCUUCUCUUGUACCUGCAUCAACGCAAUCUGAACGUCUGAACAACCUACUUGUUCAUGCGUCUUUUGCACAUGCUCCUGUUACUUCUGGAUUUCCUGAUUGCGGACGCCAGGUGUAUACAUCCUCUCUUCAUAAUCAGCAACUUCCACCUUCCUCCUUAACUCAAGUCGCACCCCAAAGUGUAUCGGUAGAGUAUCGGGUGCCGAUAGAAUGCACACAUGUUGCUCGUGGUCAUUCUAACGCCGUCCUUGAUGUUGACUUGAUGGCUGAUCUCAUGCUUUCCGGCAGCAAAGUUAAGGAUUAA